CGUACUUGGCAGGUUUCUGUUGUGCAAAAUAGGUUAUCGGGUGGUUCCUAUAUGCGACCGAUAAUUCAGGAUUUAACGUGAAGCUAAUAGUGCCGAAAAAUAUUAUGAUUAGUUCUAGAUAAGAUUCGUGUACACGGCGCGUUUUAAUCUCCCGUAUUAUCGCGCACAUCCGGAAGAUAAUGGCCGAUAAUGCCAUUGCGGGUGACGACGAGCUCCUGAAAAAUAUUAAAACGCUUUUGUGGGGUUCGACCGUCAAGGAGGACGUUUUCAAGCGAUGGGCGCAAGGCUUCUACUUCAGUAUAGAUGAACCUACUGCGCUUGUACAGACAGAAGGAGGACCUUGCGCUGUGAUAGCUGCGGUUCAAGCAUUUAUUUUGAAGCAGUUACUGUUGGAGAGCGAUGUUAUAACUUGGAAGGAUAUCAAAGCCGAAAAAUGUGAUCAAUUACUUGUGAAAGCCUUGAUUGAAAUUAUAAAUCAGGCUGCUGAUGUUCAGGAUCCUAAGUAUUCAGUAGUACAUGCCAAUGAUUCUAAUGACUUCGUAUCUAGCAAAGAAGGUACUGAUUCCAAAUCAGCAGAGCCAAUGGCAAAUUCAGCCCAAGAUAUUAGCGAAGGUAAUCAAAUUAAUGAAACAUUGGCUAUCAAACAAGUGUCAUUAGAAUCAGAAGCUUUUCAUUCUCAAUUAAGGAUAUUUACUACAAAUAGCAUCGAUGAUGUAGAAGAUUUCUUUACGGAACGAAUUGGAAUGUUAAAAGAUCAGUAUGGUAUAUUACUUCUACUUUAUACAGUGAUGUGUACAAAAGGAGUUCCAGAAAUAUGCUCCGAAAUGUCGGAUCCCACAGAACCCAUGAUCGAUUCUACUUAUGGAUAUGGAAGCCAAAGUUUAAUAAAUUUAAUGCUUACUGGCCGGGCAGUUAGUCAUGUCUGGGAUCACGAUCAAGAUAUUAGUGGAUUAAAAUUACGCGGUAUUGAUAAACAGAAUACAGUAGGAUUUCUCACUUUGCUAGAGCAUUUACGAUAUUGCGAAGUGGGUACAUUUUUAAAAUCACCGUCGCAUCCAAUCUGGGUGCUAGGAUCGGAUACGCAUCUAACUGUACUCUUUUCUACGGAAAAGCGAUUAGUGAGUCCAGAAACACCAUCGGAACAAGCGCGAAGAAUUUUCAAACGUUUUGAUCCAGAAGGGAAUAACUUUAUCGCGGCAAAUUUACUACAGGAUGUAUUGGCGGAACUAGGACUAGUAGCCGUUGCUGAAUAUGUCGAUAUCAUGAGGAAGAGACUGGACAGUGAAAAUUUAGGAAUAAUACUUCUUGCAUCGUUUAUGGAUGAAUUCUUUCCUGAGGAACCAUGUAUGUGCCCAGAUAUGUUCGUCUUAUAUCACUACAAUGGUCUACAGCGUAGCAAUCCGGAAAAUAGAGUGAAAUAUCACAAAGGACAAGCAGUAUUGCUUGAGUGUACUGUAAAAUGUAUUAUGGAUAGCAAUCCUAUGCUGACGGUUCUGCAAACAAAGUGGCCAAGGAUUGAGAUACAGUGGGACGUAGGACGAAAUCCUAGUUUAAAUUAGAAUUUAUAAACUGUAAUAUAUAUGUAUACAAUGGAGCUGACACAUAGAGUGACCUGACCGAGCGCUUCUAUAGAAAUAUCGUUGAGAAUUACCACUUUAAGAUCGUAGUCUAGUCAAAUCGGCCAUCUUCUGGUUUACAUUGAUGAAUACCAUAAGGCUAUUGAGUAUACUUGCCAAUAAAGGAAUAUUAAUUAUUUCCAGGAAAAUAUGUAAUAUUCAUAACGCAUGGUCAGUAUAAAAACUUACUAACUUAAUACGUACAAUUUAUUGUCAAAAUAUUGCUUCACACUGACUACGUCAACGUGAUUAAAGUACCUUAUUUUUAUUGAAUAUAUAUCAGACACAAUUUAAUUAAUUCUUCAAAAGCAUCUUAACGAAAUUUCUCAGCACAUUAGGAUUUAAUGGUGGUCGAUUGCAAGUAAUUUACAAUAACACAAGCAUUUUGUUAUCUCGUGCAGUUUACUUCAUAAGAGAUUUUCAUUAUAUACGGAAAAAAAAACAAGUUCUAUGUGGAUUUUAAUAAAGUUCAUUUUGUUGUAUAUUAUAUAGAUGAAAUGUUACUGAGUAUUGUGAGACAUCAUAUUAAUACUUUCCGUAUAUUAUUAUUUCGCAGUUCUUGCCAUAAAAAUUAUUUGAAUCAAAGAAGUAUUUCAGAAAGCUCUGUUUUAAUAAAAUUGUUAAAUUAAAUUUCAAAUUCCCUUUCCUGAUGUAAUAAAGAUGUAAUAAAAAUUAGAGCUACGAAUUCCCAAAAAAAUUGAUGUACUAAGUAAAAUAUGCGUGCACUUUCGGAAUACUACUUAAUACAUAAUUUAAUAGAUAUUUGGUCAAUAUUUAUUUUAUAUGACUUUUGCAAAACUGCAGUUACAGUGUUAAAUAAUAAACUUACUACUUUGAAAUACACUUAUCGCAAUAUAA